CCACUCGCUGCUCGGAGCGCCCCGCUGCUGCAGCGUCUGGAGCGCUCAAUGUCCUCCGUCUCUAUCCCGCCGCCCGAAUGCAUGCUGCGACCGCUAGAAGUGCCUGUGCGUUACCUGUUCGGUCCGGGGCCUUCAAACGUUCCUCCACGUGUCUUAGCAGCAGGAGGCAAGCCUAUAAUUGGUCACCUGCAUCCAGAAAUGUAUGAGAUCAUGAACGAUAUCAAAAAGGGCAUCCAGUACGCCUUUCAGACAGAGAACAACAUGACCAUAUCAAUGAGCGGCUCCGGACACGCAGCCAUGGAGUGCGCCGUGUUCAACAUUGUGGAGCCAGGGGAGAGCGUCCUCAUUGCCGUCAACGGGAUUUGGGGAGAGCGCGUAUCUGAAAUUGCGGAAAGAAUGGGUGCCAAUGUACACAGACUGGUAAAGGCGCCUGGAGGAUGUUACACCAAUAAGGAAAUCGAACAGGCCAUAGAAAAACACAAGCCGGUCUUGUUUUUUCUUGCRCACGGAGAGUCCUCUGCUGGCCUCUGCCACCCAGUGGAUGGAUUUGGAGACAUUUGCAGAAAACACAAUUGCAUCUUCCUAGUUGAUAGUGUGGCCUCACUUGGAGCAGCUCCAAUUUUUAUGGACAAACAAAAAAUUGACAUCCUGUACACUGGUUCUCAGAAGGCUCUUAAUGCACCUCCYGGCACAGCACCCAUCUCUUUUAAUGAUAGAGCAUGUAACAAGAUGUUUAACAGGAAAACCAAGCCAGUAUCGUAUGUCUUYGACAUGACACAUUUGUCCGACUACUGGGGUUGUAAUGGCAGUCCAACAAGAGGAUAUCACCACACUGGUCCUGUUUCUGGAUUCUUUGCACUGAGAGAGAGUCUGGCAAUUCUUGCUGAAAGGGGGUUGGAAGAGUCCUGGAGGAAACACAAAGAGGUUGCAGCCUACUUAUACAAAGGACUAGAAGACCUAGGUCUCAAGCUUUUCAUCCCUGACAAAGAGUUGAGGCUUCCUUCUGUUACCACCAUAUCCAUCCCCGAAGGCUAUGAGUGGAGAGAGAUGCUCACCUACAUUAUGAAGAAUCACCAGAUGGAGAUGACAGGAGGACUGGGUCCAUCCGUCGGCAUGGUUG